CCGACGCGUUCGCUCGUUUCAUUUAUGCGCUUGUCGAAAAUCAGGAAAAGGGGCGGAAAAUAAGUUUAAUUAAAUAUUUCGAUUGCCUCGACUAGCACAGCAAUUAAGUGAAUGUGCAAAACGUGAGAGCAAUUGUCAAUAGUCAAACUAAUACACAAUAAAUGCUUUUUUGGAGCGUCCUGCGAUGGAGAAGCGCGUGAGGAAUUGUGCAAAAAAUCAAUUCAAAAUGUAAGGAGCAGCCUUGGUGGAUUUACCAGCUGAAGAAACGCAACCAAAGAAGCUGCCAGUCCUCAAGGGAAAAGGCUCCUCGCCAGUACUCAGUGUUCAAGUUCCUUCCAUCUUUAAGCCAGUAAUUAGACCAAAACUUAGUCCCAAUGACUGCCAACAGUUUGCUGGGAAGGUCCAUACUCAAUGAGGGCCGCUCGAAUAAGCGAUCGUUCGUGUCUUUGAUUGUGGGCCUUGUCGUGGGCUUCUGUCUGGCGGAGCUGUUUGUGUACUCCACGCCGGAACGCAGUGAAUAUAUGCCAUAUGAUGGCCAUCGGCAUGGCGAUGUCAACGAUGCCCAUCACAGCCAUGACAUGAUGGAGAUGUCCGGGCCAGAGCAGGAUGUGGGCGGACACGAGCACGUCCAUGAGAACUCCACCAUUGCGGAGCGUCUGUACAGCGAGGUUCGGGUCCUCUGCUGGAUCAUGACCAAUCCGAGUAAUCACCAAAAGAAGGCGCGCCAUGUGAAGCGCACCUGGGGCAAGCGUUGCAACAAGUUGAUCUUCAUGAGCUCGGAGAAGGAUGAAGAGCUGGACUCUGUGGCUUUGCCGGUGGGAGAGGGUCGCAACAAUCUGUGGGGCAAGACUAAGGAGGCCUACAAGUAUAUCUACGAGCAUCAUAUCAACGACGCCGAUUGGUUCCUGAAGGCCGAUGAUGACACCUACACGAUAGUGGAGAAUAUGAGGUACAUGUUGUACCCUUACAGUCCGGAGACCCCCGUCUACUUUGGCUGUAAGUUCAAGCCAUAUGUUAAGCAAGGCUAUAUGUCCGGCGGUGCCGGAUAUGUCCUCAGCCGAGAGGCAGUUCGUCGCUUUGUGGUCGAAGCUUUGCCCAAUUCCAAGCUAUGCAAGUCGGAUAAUACAGGAGCCGAGGACGUUGAGAUAGGGAAGUGCCUGCAGAAUGUGAAUGUGCUGGCAGGGGAUUCUCGGGAUUCAAACGGACGGGGUCGCUUUUUCCCCUUCGUUCCGGAGCAUCAUCUAAUUCCCUCGCACACGGACAAAAAGUUCUGGUACUGGCAGUACAUCUUCUACAAGACCGAUGAGGGUCUUGACUGUUGUUCGGACAAUGCCAUAUCCUUCCAUUAUGUCUCCCCAAAUCAAAUGUACGUGCUGGACUAUCUGAUCUAUCAUCUGAGACCCUAUGGUAUCAUCAACACUCCCGAGGCAUUGCCCAAUAAGUUGGCCGUGGGCGAACUAAUGCCGGAGAUCAAGGAUCAACAGACAGAGAGUUCGAGCGAUGGCGUCUCGAAGAGAUCCACCGAUACAAAGACGCAAUAGUUUAGAGACAGACGGAUAUAGACUCUUAAUUGUAUAUAGAUAGCUUUUGUAUAUAUUUAUAGAUAAUUGUGUUGUCACACAUAUUGAGUCACUAUAAGCUAUUCUAGCAUUGCCAUUACCAUUUCCAUUAGCCGUUGGUCCUUCGACUUAGUACUAGUUCCAUUUCAAUUAAAUCAAAAAAGGUUUCGUUUUGGGGUUCCAUUCGCAGAGCUCGUUCCUUUUGUACAAACACCGAACCUAGUUAUAAUUUAGAUCUGUUACUAUAGUUUGUAAUUAAAUCUCGGUUGUACAAUUGUUUCAAAUCAUCACUAAUAAUCAUAGUAGGGCGCACUAACUAUUCUAUUCCGGUUUUCCAAUACUGAAUUAGUCGCUAAAUAUUUAUAAGUCGCCUAAGUAUCACCUUUAUAUGUAGCUAUAUUUAAUCUCUUUUGUGAUUGAGAUUAUUACGUAUUAUUGAUCUUAAUCUUCUACGUGUAUUGAAUAAAAUGCAAAUGUAUUACAGAA